AAAUGUUCUCCCUCGCCAUUUUGGGGCUUAUCACGCCAUAUCCACUUCCGCCUCGCCUGCCAAUCAAACCUUCGAUAUCCUCAAACUAUCCCUACCAGAUUCUUCUCUCUUGUCUCUCUUCCUCUCUCUUGACCCUUUGUUUCAUUUGAUAAAUUAAAUACUUCUUCUGCUGCAGGGCUCGUCGAUCCUUGCAUUCCGAUCGAGUCAACUUCCCACUAGAAUCUGCUAGUUGGUUUCCAGCAGUUCUCCCCCUGCACCCAUGACAGCUCCUCCGAUGUAUCGCCAGGAGAAGCUGGAACAGGCGCCCACUGAUGUGGCCGAGCUGACAUCCGAUGAGUCCACUUCCACCGAGAUCUGGAAUGCGUUGGUGACCGAAGACCAUCAACAUGAGAUUCAACUCCGAACCAUGUCCUGGCAAAAGGCCGCCUGGUUGCUUGCCGGAGACCAAGUCUGUCUGGCUAUCAUGGCUCAAUCCUGGUCACUCUCCGUACUUGGAUGGGUACCCGGCAUCAUUACCAUGGUUGUGUCCGGCGCUCUCUUCUGGGUCACUUCCCUCACCAUGCACAAGUACAUCAUGAAGCACCCGCAAAUCAAAAACAUUUGUGACUUUGGCUACUAUGUCUUCGGCAAAAGCCAAACGGCAUACAUCUUUUCCGGCUUCAUGUUGCUGGCUAACAACAUCCUGCUAAUUGGUUUCCAUAUCCUGACUGGAGCCAAGGUGCUGGAUACUUUGUCUGAUCACUCUCUGUGUACCGUGACCUUCUCCGCGAUCGUGAUGGUCAUGGGCAUCGUUCUGUCCGCUCCACGAACCCUGCAUCAUGUCUCCUUCAUGUCGAUGUUUUCGGCGGCCUGCAUGGGUAUUGCCAUCCUGUUGUUCCUUAUUUUCGCGGGCAUUGAGAAGUCACCCCUGGAUUAUCCGACCGAUGGACCUGUGCGAACAUACGCCUUCCCUUUGCCUGGCACCAGCUGGGUGGAUUGCAUGAAUGCCGUCCUGAACAUCACCUUCCUCUGGGUGCCCCAGAUUCUCUUCCCCACCUUCAUCGCCGAGAUGGAGCAUCCGGAGGACUUCCCCAAGUCACUGGCGGUCCUGGCUACCAUUUCCACCAUCCUCUUCAUCAUGCCGCCCGCCAUCGGCUUUCACUAUCUGGGCCAAUACGCCACUGCACCCGCCUUUGGCAGUCUGGGCCUCGUCGUGUACAGGAAGGCCUCAUUCGGUUUUGUUAUCGUGCCCACGCUGGUCAUCGGCGCCAUCUACGCCAACGUCACCGCCAAAUUCAUCUAUUCCCAUCUGUUGGGCACCUCCAGACACGCGCACAGCAACACCGUCGUGGGCUGGGGCGUCUGGGCCCUGGUCAUGAUUGGCAUCUGGGUGGUGGGAUUCAUCUUCUCCGAGGUCAUCCCCAGCAUGGGCGACUUUCUCUCGUUGCUGGGUGCCGCCUUUGACUCCUUUUUCGGCUUCAUCUUCUUCGCGGUAGCCUACUGGCAUCUCUACCGGGGGAAGCUUUUUGUGGGACUCGGGCGCACGGCAAUGACCCUACUGCAUGCCUUCGUCAUGGCUUGUGGCUUGUUUCUGUUGGGACCGGGAUUGUAUGCGGCGGUAGAGGCCAUCAUCACGGAUUACUCGGGAUCGGUUUCCCCGGCGUUCAGUUGUGCCAGUCUGGGGAUCUGAUGAGCGCUGUGGUUCUUCUUUCUUACUCCUUGUAUUGAUUGCUCGAUGCGUUAGCAUGCUGCGCUGAGGUUGUUAUGAUCAUGACUCUCUCACGAUUCUCGAGAUUUAUAGAUAUUGCUUCCCUAAUAUUAGCCUGAGGGGCUGUUCCUUCUGUCAGCGCAACGGAGCUGGGCGUCUAACACGAUAUAGAAGAGAUGUUAUAUUAAAU